AUGGCGGUGACGGAUCUAUUGGUGAUUAUCACUGGAGUAAUAGUGAAUCGGAUUGGUGGAUUUUAUCUUCGCAGCAGUUUUUUGUUCCACACUCCGCUGUGCUGCCUCAGUAAUGCAUUAGUUUAUGCAGCCAGGGACUGUUCUGUCUGGUUAACUGUCGCUUUCACCUUUGAUAGGUUUGUGGCGAUUUGUUGCCCAAACCUGAAAAGAAAAUAUUGUACCAAAGACAGUGCCACAAGGGUUAUAACUAUCAUAUGCUCCCUGUGUUGUUUAAAAAAUAUCCCCUGGUACUUUGUGUAUGAACCUUUAUAUAUAAUGAACAACGUGCCGUGGUUCUGCAGUAUCAAAUUAUUUUUCUACUCUUCACCCCUAUGGGCAGCUUUUCACUGGAUUGAUCGUAUUUUAACCCCUAGUAUACCGUUCGUCCUGAUUUUGCUGUUCAAUAGUAUGACUGUCGGACACAUUCUGGUGGCUAGUCGAGUCCGCAGGCGACUCUGGGUCAAAAGCGCUGUAGAGAAUCAGAGUGACCCAGAGAUGGAGAAUCGGAGAAAGUCCAUCGUUUUACUCUUCACCAUUUCGGGAUGUUUCAUCUUACUAUGGAUGGUCUACCUUGUAGAAUUUCUUUACAUACGAAUUACAAACGAUUAUUAUUUUGCCGGCUCCAAUAUUGAUGAUCCGAAAUUUAUUCUGCAGGAAAGUGGAAAUGUCCUCCAACUCUUGAGCUGCUGCACUAACACGUUUAUUUAUACCGUGACCCAGAGUAAAUUCAGAGAAGAAUUACAGAAUGGUUUUAAAAUUUUAUUCAGAAUACUUGCGAAAGUCGUUCAAUAA